AUGCUCGAACCCAUCCACAACACCUUGCGCGACCUCGAAGCCAAGAUCGAACACACCUGCAUAGACCAACCACUUCUACUACAGAACAUCCUCCUGUUGCCGACGUACACGUACUGGACCAUCUUCACCGUGGUGGCACUCUACCUAUUCGUCUUCGGCAUCAUCACAAUCGAUUGGCUGAUCCGCUACACAUCUUCAUCCGCCCUUCACAUGGAUCUGUUUCAGGUGCUUGCAAUAGUGGCUUAUGCCAUCACUGACAAGGCGUGGGCGUGGGACUGGAGAAUGGGCGUGAUGGCCGGAGGGUCGAUCUACAAUUCGUUGAGGGAGAUUGGGUUCGUGAAGACGGCUGAGCUCGCAGCGGCGGGUGUGGUGGCUCAUGAGGCACCAGACCUUGCGUGGGAGGUGAUCAAGUUGUCAUUCAAGGGUUGUGUGAGGAUUGUGAUGGGUGUUGUCGGGGUGGUGGUUAGAGGUAUCUGCUGGUAUGUUCUGGACUUGGGUGAUUGA